UUAAUCUAGAAAGUAUAUUUUUUAAGGAAAGUUGCAUAUGGAGAAUAAAAGAGGUGUGAGAAAAGGUGCAUGGACAUACGAGGAAGACAAGCUACUCAAGGCUUGCAUUAACAAGUAUGGUGAAGGAAAAUGGCAUUUAGUUUCUCAAAGAGCAGGAUUGAAUAGGUGCCGAAAAAGUUGUAGAUUAAGGUGGUUAAAUUAUUUAAGCCCCGAGAUCAACAGAGAAAGCUUUAGUGAAGAUGAAGUUGAUAUGAUCCUAAGAUUGCACAAACUCCUAGGGAAUAGAUGGACAUUGAUUGCUGGAAGGCUUCCAGGUAGAACAGCUAAUGAUGUGAAGAAUUAUUGGCACACACACUUGCGCAGGAAAAUGGUUCCCGAAAAAUUAGAAGAAAAGGAAGAAAAAGAGAAACCAAAGGAAACCAUGAAAACUCAUGAAGUUAUUAAACCUCAACCUAGAACUCUUUCAUCUCAUUCACAUUGGUUGAAUGAGAAAAAUAAUAUUAUGGUGAAACCAAUAGGGACGGUUUCGACUAAAGAGGUUACUGCUGCGAAAGAUCGUGAUGACAAAGAGACUAUGGUGACAAAUCAAAUUGGUAGAGAUUGUGUUGAUGCAAUGUGGUGGGAUAGUCUGUUGAACUUGGGGGAGCAAGAAUGUGGUGAGAAAGAGGGAUCAUGCUCUUUAUUUCAAGAAAACGUGAUUCUAGAGUUGCCAAAAGUGGAUGACUUCUUUUGGGAUUCCAAGCUUUGUGAUAUCGGUUCUCUUUGGGAUCUUUAG